AGUGAGUCCAAACAUGCCUUGUAAGACGAGACACUUGUCUUUACGCGCAACCGAUCCCAUGUAUGGCAGUGGCAUCCAUCGGUACGUCUCAGCUUCUCUCUCCAGCCCGAUGUCUGGACAUUCAGCUUGGACAAUCACGGGUCUUGUGGUCUCUCGUCCAUCUGUUGGUUGGUAGU